AUGAAUAAUUUAAAUGUUGACCUUGCUGUUGAAUAUGUAAAAAAUAUAGUUGAUAAAAACAAAUGUGUCAGUUGUGACCAUUUACAAGGACCGUACGUGAGAUACCCUUGUGGGCAUUUUAUUUGUCAGAAAUGCGUUGCUACUGCUGAAGAAUGUUUACUGUGCCUUUCUCCUCCAGCUGUAUCGACCCAUUUUAUAGAUAAACCUUUAACGCGACGUGUAGAACAUAUUUCAAAUUUAUUAACGGAAUUUCAAGAAUUAUUAAAUAUAGAUGUUUUCAAACGACACAGAAUUUCUGAACAGUUAAAACUAGAAAGACAACUUUUUCCAGAAUGUAUUCAGGCUCCAUCAAAAUACUGUAAUAAAAGAAAAAGUUCAAACAUUUCAGUAUUAGAUAAAGAAAACAUAACAUCUUCAUACAUAGCUGGUGAAAAUACCUCAUAUAUUAAGCCUUUUAAAAUGGAAGAUUCCAAUUACUAUGUUCAGCACUGGCUAGACACAAAUAUAACAAAGCCCAAUAAAUCCCGAAAACCUUUUGCUGAUCUAAAAGUUAAUUGCAAUUACUCUAAUAUUAAAUCAAUAGAUCUGGUUAAGAACAAUGUCAAUGAAGUAGUUAGUAAGAAAAGAACUCAUAACAAAAAACUUUCUUAUGAAAGCAAAAAGCUAAAACAAUCACCUAAAGCAAUUAAAAAACAACAUAAGAAAAAAGAACUAUGUCUUCGAAGUAAUGAAACUAUUAAGUUAAAAAAUAAUAAAUUAGAUAAUAAUGACAGUGGGAUUGAUUUUGAAGAUCAUACAAUAGUAAUAGAUGAGAGUCAAAAUGAUGUCUUUGAUAAAGAUAAGCUCGCAUGUUUAGCUGUGAUAGAGGCUGAAAAAAACAAUGUAAAUAUUUUUACAGAUUAUGAAACAACUCAAUGUAGCUCAAUAAGAAUUAAUGAUGUAAGCAUUAAUACCAAAACAAUAAAAGCCAAAAGUAUGCUACCUUUAUUCAAAGUGCCAUUUUAUAGAAAAAGUUCAUUAUAUGAAGUUUGCUCGUUAUAUUCACAAAAUACAAAUGAAAGGAUGUAUAGAAAUAAUGCAGAUAAUGUAACUGUUACCAUUGAGAAUAAUAACUUUGUAGCAACCAUUAACAUUUUACAUAAUAAAGAAAACAGUAUUAAACUCACAAAUAAGCAUUCUGUUGAAAUCCAAACUAUUGAUGUAAAUGAUGAAAAUGAGAAUAAUGUUGAUCAGGUUAAUAUACCUCAUGGCAAUGUAAAAAAUAAAGCCAAUAAAGCCAACAUUUUAUUAUACGAAGAUUUAAUGCAGAGUGAAAAUAAACAAGGCACCCUUUUACUUGAUAAUAAGCCGAAAGAACAAGCAAUCAAAUUAAAUUCCGUAGAAGUGAAAGGUGUUAUUGUAGCAGAAUCAGAAACAGACAGUGAUACAGAUAAUGAACAUGCAAAUACAAUUGAAACUAUUGCAGAUGUUCAUGCAUCAGCACAAUUUUUCAGUGCUUAUGGAAUUUUAUCCACACUGGAACCAAAUCAAUAUGAACAUAGACAGCAAAGGAAAGCAAUUCGUGGUAACUCGCCAAUCAGUACUGAUUCUUCUGACAAGGAAAAUUAUGAUCCAAACAGAGCAAAGAGGCAGAAAUUUGAUAAAAAAUCAAAGAAAUAUAACUGU